GGGCAGCAGUGAUAGAUCCAAGCUGCUGAGCUGACUCUGGAAAUAGGUCAGGAGGCUGAGCAAGAUGUGAAGCAGCAGAGCUCCUCCAGGGUAUGAGAAAACUGCCCUGUGAUCUGAAAAGGAAGCUUCCCAUGCUCUUGCAUUUAUUGCUGGAGGUGUGCAUAGACGACGAGCAGGUAAUUAUUUAAGGGGAUGUGGGUAAGGCUUCAGGGUCUGUUGUGUGCAUAGGAAAGCCAAGGGAAAUGCCUCGGGGAGGAAUUUCUUCGUGAGAAGGGAAUCUGCCCUGUCCGGAGGGAGGGCAGGCACGGCUGGGGCACGCAUUGCAAACACGGCCACUGUGCUGCUUCUCUGCGGUGCAUAGCAAGUGCAAGGCUGACAGCUGGGCUUAACGAGAGCUGCGGGAAAUGGCCCUUUUGCAGGCAGCCUUACCCCGCAAGCACCACCCCUUGUGAUUUUCCAGGCAGAAGGGCUCUGGCGCAGCGUUGCAGGGCUACGGGGGAUUACUUAUUCACCGUGUUCUUGGAACAGCUCCAGCCUCCCUGUUACUGCCUCCAGUGUACAAAUUCAUCAAGUAUCCACGAGGCUCACAAUCCCUUGAGGCAGGAGAAGACAGGAAGGUGAUUCAUAUUGCAGAUCACGCUGGCUCUGAAGGACCCGCGGGGCUCCAGUAAAGCAGAGCCGGCAUCCUUCCUCCUACCGCCUCCCUGACGCUUGUUGGGGUCAUUGAGGCUGCAGACUCAGUCCGGAUGGAUUUCAUUGCGGGGGCCAUUGGAGGUGGCCUAAGCACAGCAGUGGGGUAUCCGCUGGACACAGUGAAGGUGAGGAUUCAGACCGAGGGCCAUUACAAUGGCAUUUGGCACUGCAUUCAAGAAACAUACAGGACAGAAAGAGUUUUGGGAUUUUACAAAGGUGUGUCAGCAUCAGUCUUCACAGUGUCGCUGAUCUCCUCUGUUUCAUUCGGCACAUACAGAAACUUCCUUUGUAACAUCUGCAAGCUGCGGUACGGUGCAGCCGAUGCCAAGCCAUCGGGGCUGGAUGUUUCUCUGGCUGGAGGUGCUGCUGGUGCUGUGCGGGUUGUGCUUAUGACACCCAGUGAGGUAGCUAAAGUUCGGAUGCAGACCCAGAGGAACCCCCAUUCCUCUGUCACACCCUCCCAGCCCCUUUCCAAGCCGAAGUACCGAGGGUCUCUGCACUGUCUGAAGGUGAUCGCCAAGGAGGAAGGCUUUGGGGGUCUCUACAAAGGCUGCUCUGCAUUGCUGUGCAGGGAUUGCUCCUCUUCUGCAAUAUAUUUCCUGACAUACUCUUCUCUCUGUGACUGGCUCACACCAGCUGGGAAAAACAAACCAGGUUUCCUGGUCGUGCUGCUCUCUGGGGGCUCUGCUGGAGUGCUGGCCUGGGGUCUGGCUACCCCCUUGGAUGUCCUCAAGUCGCGGAUGCAGGUGGACGAGUCGGGACAGCACAAGUACAAAGGCCUCAUCCACUGCGCGAGAGAAAGCAUCAGAAAGGAGGGGCUCAAAGUGCUGUUCAAAGGCCUGGGUUUGAACUGCAUCCGUGCCUUUCCUGUGAACAUGGUGGUGUUUGUCACAUAUGAAGCUGUGCUGAGGUUUACAGAGCAUUUUACAAAACAAAAAUAGCUGAUGCAGCUCUAGCAAGAAGCGUAUUUUGUUCAGUUUGGUAUUGCAGUCCAACACAGACAUGCACUGAGCUCUCCACUGAUGGGCAGCACAUGAAGCAGGGGCAUUUCAGCACAGCACCUGUUGACCAACGGCCUUUUUUCCCUCUCACAGGAUUGCAUACUCAUCGGGGAGGCUUGUACUUGUGUACAAUCUCUCUUUUAUCUUGUUAAUGUAUUUUGAUUGUAGCCACUGCUUAGGCCACUAAAACGAGUGCAAUAUUUAUGCUCCAAAAAACUGCUGGUCUAAUUUGAGAAUUUGGUAAAGAUUUAAUUUUGUUUUCUACUAGCAAAGAAAAAAAAUAUUCACUACUGAGGCAGGAUUCAAGGGUUUUAUGUACGAUAUAACACUAUACAACACAUUCUCUUUAUAUGCAGUGCUGCAAGAUAUCCACUGAGCACUCUCCAUAUGUGUGUCUCCAGCCCAAGCAGGCAGGCUGCUCACUCCCAGCUGUAAUUCUGCCCAAGUACUCUACAGUUACAUCCCUUCAGUAGCGGCUGAAAUAUGAAUCUCUUCCAGUUGUUUUUUUAAGGAGUGGCAGACAUAGUCUGCUUACACAAUCAUUCAAUGGCCUCACUGAAAGUGAAAACAAGCAUCAAUUCCCAUAAAGCACGUGAUUUCUUCCCAGCCAUGGAUCUUUCAGCCCCUUCUGGUGGUAGCACCUCAUGUCUGAGUCCAGUCAGAGAGUCUACAUCCUAUUCCUGUCCCACAGGGAGGGCCGGAAAAGAUGCAAAAAGCCUUUGCUUCUCAAAGGGAAGACUAUCAUAAAAUCUGCACAUUGGGAGAAUAGGUAAUUAACAGAUGAACUGUAAAAUUGUGUAGUGUAAUUGAAAUCAUCUACUUUAAAAAAGUGCAUGCUCUUCUCACUUUUAAAUGCAUUGCUAGGAGCAGCCAAAUGCACUGGCUUUUUUUUUUUU